UGCCCCUCCCUUACACACACACAGCCCCUGGAUGUAGCGCGUCUGCCCCUGGUUCUGUUAAUCCAAUGAGUAGGCACUAUGCUCUGCAUCGAUGCUCUUCGUCUGUUCUCUGCUCUACUCUGGUGAUCCAACAAAUGAAUGACGGGACACCUCACACUGAGAAGACACCAACAUUCACUGUGGGAUUAUAACACUCGUGUGGACAUCAGAUCAGAGCCAUUCACUUUGUGCUGGGGCUCCACUGGACUCUGUCUGGCCCGGUUGAGUAUGAGGUCUCAUACCCGCAUCGUGACUUUCCUUCUACCUGUUGUUCUUUAUCUAAGUCUGACCCCAGUGUGUUUGGCUGCUGCACUCUCUGGCUCCUGUGGUGUCAUCUACAAGAGCUUUGCUCAGUGUCUCCUUACCCUGGGUGACAGUCUGGGCGACACACAGAAAGAGCAGAGCUCACAGGACAUUGACGCAGUUUGUAGGUCAUGGGACGCGUUCCAUGUGUGUGCCAACACGGCACUUGCCAGUUGUCCUGGAGACGCAGCUGCUGUCUGGGAGUCGCUGAGGCAGGAGUCCAGGAAGACCCAGUUUUCUGGAAACCUCUAUGACAUGUGUGCCCGCCGCACCACACAGGCGUCCAGCGCUGGGCCCGCGCCUCCCUCCCAGAGCCUGCCGGCAUCAGACCAGACCAAUCAGGAAACUCUGAAAGGGCACACAGACCCUGUUGGACCUACCCACACCAUGCCUCUGCUCUCAGCUAGCGUCGGUCUACUGCUCCUGCUGAGGACGUAGUCCUGUCCUCCACGGACUCAGACUGUUAUUGGCACGCUGUCAGCCUCGUCCUUUUACCUGACCGAGCUUACGUUAAAACACACAUGUCAAACCUUUCACUCCGACAAAGUCGCAAACGAGCACAAAACCUCUUACCUUGACCUGCCUCCCCUCCCUCCGACACACGCACUCCUAAGGGUUAUUGACGGCAUCAGCACGCAUAUAUGUUCUGUGUAUAUAAUGUCAAAUAACAAACUCUACUUUUCUGUUGGGUUUUGUGUAUAUUGUUAAUCAGAGUGAAGUACUGACGUCCUUGAUAGUGCUUUAAUAUGCAUUUUGUGUGAACUCUAUUUUUAUACGUAACAGGUGCAGACGUCAACGUUUUUAUAUGAGCUGCUGUGCAUUGUUUUCAUUAGUUCACCUGGAAAAUUGAUUUUAGUCACCCACAAACGGACUUAAUCCUCACGACCAAAACAUUGAAGCAUUGCCUGUGUGGGCUUGGAAUAGCCACCACUGUGUGCCUGUAGAUCAUUUUGUAAUGUUUUAUAAAUGAUGUCCGUAAAUGUAUUUCCUUUAGGUAAAUGUUUGUUUGCAUAGUCUAAUGUGAGGUGGUUUUAAAGGGUAUGUGCUUUAAUUACAUUUUAAUGUGAAAUCUGACAGCUAUUUCUGACCAGACUGUCUAAGUGAGGCAUUCAUCUUAAUACUUCCAACAGUAACUACGGUCUAAUAUGUAACACGUGUAAUGUGUGUGCGAGGGUCCUGUAAGUGUGUUUGUGUGUAAUCCCUUCUUAAACCCUUUCAGAACAACAAGAGGGUUGUGAGCAAAUAAAUCUCAUCUGUCUUUGUUCCAGCCUAGCAUUCCCUGAUGCACAGCCCGACAAGCACACACACACAUCAGAUCCUAAUGAGAGUAGCAGAGAGGGGAGAUUGAGAUAGUGAAUUAAAAGGUAAACAUGUCAUCAACAGAAACACAUAUUUAGAGAACAUUACAUAAUCCCAGUUGUGCAUAUAUGUGGAUAUGAUCAGAAAGAUGAGGACACAGGAUGAUGAUUCUGGGCUUGGUUAAUCUUCUGAUUGGAACCUUAACUAUAAAAUCUACUAUUCCCUAGUUUAGCCUCCCUGUGACCUGUACUUGACCAGCGCACAGGACAAUGUAUUCUUUGAGGUAGCCUGGAAAUCUCACUUUAAGUGUUCAUGUGUUUUUGGAUCAUGAAAUCAGUAACAAUGCUACCGCUAAAACACAUAGACGAUUAGAUUGAAAUGUACCAUUAAAUAUAGAAAACUUUGACAAUAACUGCUCUUCAGGUUGACAUUUCUGCAUUAUUAUAAUCAGUGUUCUAUACAUUUUUAUCAUGUAAGAGGUUCACAUUUUGUAUAACAAGAGGUUCACAUUUUGUACCUAAGUGCCACCUAGUGGUUCAUUUUAAAUAUUUAAAUAAAUGCUUAAAUAAAUUCAUACUGCAUUCAAAAUAUUUUAUUUAGUGAGUCCUGGCUUUAAUCUGCCUGGGAUUAUACUGAAAUGGAAUUAGAAUGCAGUUCAUGAACAUUUAACAGAACAUUUCAAAUUAGAACACUGGGACUGAGAGCAAUGAAUAUAAAGCAUAACAGAACAGCUAAGAACAAUCAACAAAAUAAAAUGUAAAAGUAUUUGUUCAGAGGGUGAAACCUGUUAGAUCUAAACCUGUGGUUGUAGUACAACGCUUUGUCCUAUAUAUUGUAACUGUAUUGUAACUUCAGCAAAACAGGCCCAAUUCCCAGAAUAAAAAACUAAAACUCA